GCCCAAAACACUUAAAAACUCUAGUCUUCAACUAUCCACUCUCUACCCUGUAGUUGGUGCAACAGGGCAGCACACUCACAAUGUUCGCGUCGAAGCUUAGGCAAUGGCGGAACAUAGCCAAAGAAGCAGUAAACCGCACCAUAAUCAUCGCUAAAUUCCUCAGUCUCUUUCAUAUCACCGAAACCUACAUCUUCUCUCCCACAAUCGUAUAUGGUCCGAGCAUGCUUCCGACUUUGAAUAUUCGAGGAGAUGUGUUAUUGGUUGAUAAAUUUUCGCAUCGAAUUGGGAAUUUGGAGCUUGGAGAUGUUGUCAUUGUUAAAUCUCCGCAAAACCCUAGACGAACUUUGACGAAACGUAUUUUGGGAAUGGAGGGUGAUGUUGUUUCCUUUAAUUCUAACACUGGAUUUCUGAAGACUUUGGUGGUGCCAAAAGGGCAUGUUUGGAUUCAGGGAGACAACCUGUAUGCAUCAAAUGAUUCCCGGCAUUUUGGAUCAGUUCCUUAUGGACUUAUCCAAGGCAAAGCAUUUUGUCGGAUAUGGCCUUUUGCUGAGUUUGGAUCAUUGGGAUCGGGAUAAUGAUGAGAUGGAAGCCUCAAUGUAAGUUCAAGUGUUACAGAUUCGAACCUGUUUCAUGAAUGAGGACUUGACUCAAAAGAUGUUCACUUAUCAUUCCCCUUUUUGGUGUUUCUUCAAGUUGACCGGAAAAUCUUAGCAAGAACAAGUAUACACCAUUACACUUCAUGCAUGAAGGGUUCUGCUCGUAGUCAUGAUCUGUGGAAAAUUGAACUCCUCUAACUUGUACUUUUUUAAUUGUAUUCUUUUUGAUAGCUCAUGAUAGUUCUUGCCUUCUUGGACUCACCUCAAAAGUUUUUUUUCUUUUCAUACCUCAAGUUUUUCUUCUUCUUUUCAUACCUCAAAAGUUUUUCUUUUUCUUUUUCUUUUCAUUUUUUUUUUAUAAAAAAAUAAAAUAAAAUUAAAACUAUUUCAGCUUAGGAGGGCUGGGAGGAGCUGUGCUCAAAGUUAUCUAUUUAUUCCAAUUGCCUUAGAUUAUGGAAAUAAUUUUACAAUUUUGACUUAUGAGAAGUGUAAAGAAAGGUGUUAAGAUAACAGUUAGUUAAGUUUUGCAAGAUUAAUUAGAGAGAUGAUGGGCGGUUGUCUUGUUUAUUUAUUUUCAUUUCUGUUAGUAAUCUUUAAUGCAAACAAGUUGUGAUUUGAUUCUUUUA